AUGUCUGGAGAAUUUUGGAUUACGUUGGUGGAUACCGCUGAUAUCGUUGGUUUUACCAUGACAUUUUGUGUUAACAUCGUUCUUCUCGGACUGCUUCGAACUCGAGGAAAGAAUUUGGGAACUUACAAGUACCUUAUGGCAUUUUUCUCAGUUUUCUCGAUUUUCUACGCAAUCAUCGAAUCCAUUUUAAGACCGAUAAUGCACAUUGAAAACGCGACAUUCUUUUUGAUUUCCCGUAAACGCUUCAACUAUUCGACUAGACUUGGAAAAAUCAACUCAGCGUUUUACUGUGCUUGCUUUGCAACCAGUUUUGUAGUUUCUGGAGUGCAUUUUGUUUAUCGGUUCUUUGCGACUUGCAAGCCUGACCUGUUGCGUUUAUUCAACAUGCCGUAUCUUUUACUUUGGCCAUUUGGAUGCAGUAUUCCAGUGACCAUGUGGGCAAGUGUCUCUUACUUUUUGUACCCGGAUACUGAAUACACUGAAGCAGCAGUCAGUAAUGUACUCAAAACUCACUACAACUGGAUCAAAAAGGAGAAUGUAUCUUACAUCGCAUAUGUUUACUAUCAAUAUGAUGAGAAUGGAGUGAAAUAUGUGUACAUCAAAAAUUUGUUGGGAUGUUUCGUUCAUUAUUUUGUGAUGUCGAUGACCUUUGUUGUCAUGUUUUAUUGUGGAUACGCUACAUGGAGAACUAUGAACGAGCACAAAGAGGUUUCGAAUAAGACACGCCAACUCCAAAGUCAACUUUUCAAGGCUUUAGUUUUACAGACUCUCAUCCCUUCUAUUUUUAUGUACGCCCCAACAGGAGUUAUGUUCAUUGCUCCAUUUUUCAACAUCGACUUGAAUGCCAAUGCAAACUUCAUUGUGUUCUGCUCAUUUCUCUAUCCCGGCCUAGACCCUCUUAUUUUGAUUUUUAUCAUUCGAGACUUCCGACAAACUAUAUUUAACGAAAAGACGAACGAAGAAAAGUGUGGCAAUGGUGAGUGGAAGUGUGAUAGUAGAAGACGAGUCCAUCAAUUCCAAAUCGUUGUCGUCGAGUGUCUUGGCACGGAGAACCACGCUUUCACCUGCCUCGUUGAUUUGACGGAAUCUCCAGACGUAUUCGUGUCCGUGUCUCAAUCCACUGAUCUCAUAAACUCCGUCCUCCUCUGA